AGCUUGAGCUUUUUUCCGUCCCCUCUAGUUAACCUGCAACAUGGCUGCGAGGCGAGCUGCACUGAAGGCCAUUGACUGGGUGGCUUUUGCACAGAGGGUGCCACCCAACCAGAGGAACAUGUUUAACAACCUGAAGGCACGGAGUGAGGCUGUCUCUGCAAAGCUCAGCUUCCUGCCAGAGAAACCCGUCGCCAUCGACUGGAGCUACUACAGGUCUGCUGUGGCUAAAGCAGGCAUGGUGGAUGAGUUUGAGAAGAAGUUCUGUGCCCUGAAGGUUCCUGAGCCUGUAGACACUCAGACAGCUCUUAUCAACACUCAGGAGGCAGAAGCAGAUGCAUCAGCUGCUGCCUACAUUGAAGAAUCCAAAGCUCGGAUCGUCCACUAUGAGAAAGAGCUGGACAAAUUGACCAACAUGAUUCCUUUCAAGCAGAUGACUACAGAAGACCUGAACGAGGCCUUCCCAGAAACAAAACUGGACAAACAGAAAUAUCCGUACUGGCCACACAAACCCAUUGCUGAACUGUAAAUCUGCCACCCUGACUGUACCUUCCCCUGAGUGAAAACGUGUACUGUGUGUAUAUAAAAGUCUUGUUUCAUCCAUUCAAGGGUUUAUAAAAUGACUGUAUGAAUGAAGGAAAAAGAAGACAUAUUUAUUGUGUUUCUUCUCAUUUUAACUGAAGUCUACUGAAAGUAAUCCUGGCAUGACUUUGUGAUCAGUAAAAUGAACUAAAGCUCGCCAGUGUUCACAUGUCCAUUAUAAACAACCUCAUAGACCUCUCACAGGCAGAUCAACUGUUGUUUUAUUACUGGAUUUCUUCCCAGGCGUCAUGAACUGAACUU